GGAAUGGGAGCUGAGUUUGGUACCUGGCUGCGCUGUGACACUGGCCUGACAAGAUGAAGACAAUCAUUGCUGCCUAUUCUGGGGUCUUACGCGGCACUGGGUCCAGUCUCCUGUCAGCAGUACAUGACCUGCCCUCUAUCCCUUGGCUGUCCAAAUCAAGUGUGGUGAGACACCUUCAGAUCAUCUCUGUUCUACAAUGGGUUCUCAGCUUCCUCAUUUUAGGUGUGGCGUGCACUGCAGUCCUUGUGUACAUCUUCUGCACUGACCUCUGGCUGAUUGCAGCUUUGUAUUUUACAUGGAUGGUGCUUGACUGGAAUACUCCAUAUAAAGGUGGCAGACGAUCCUCGUGGGUAAGGAACUGGGCAGUCUGGCGCUACUUCCGAGACUAUUUUCCAGUAAAGCUGGUAAAAACACACAACCUCCUGCCAAGCAGAAACUAUAUCUUUGGCUAUCACCCCCAUGGAAUAAUGUGCCUUGGAGCCUUUUGUAACUUUGGUACAGAAGCCACCGGGGUGUCCAAGAAGUUUCCUGGGAUCAAGUGUCACCUGGCCACGUUGGCGGGAAAUUUCAGAAUGCCUGUACUGAGGGAAUACUUGAUGUCUGGAGGUAUAUGCCCUGUGAACCGGGACACCAUUAACUACAUUCUGUCCAAGAAUGGAACUGGCAACGCUGUUGUUAUUGCGGUUGGGGGAGCUGCCGAAUCUCUUAACUGCAGACCUGGGAAGAACACUGUAACACUAUUGCACAGAAAAGGAUUUGUGAAAGUUGCACUGCAGCAUGGAGCCGAUCUUGUUCCCAUCUACUCGUUUGGUGAAAAUGAAACUUACAAGCAGGUUGUCUUUGAGGAGGGAUCUUGGGGAAGAUGGAUACAGCAGAAGUUUCAGAAAUAUGUUGGCUUUGCUCCAUGUCUCUUCCAUGGGUGCAGCUUCUUCUCCUCUAACAGCUGGGGGUUGGUUCCUUAUGCCAAUCCUAUAACAACUGUUGUUGGAGAGCCAAUCACAGUUCCCAAGAUUGAGCAACCUACCCAGAAAGACGUGGAGCUCUAUCACAGCAUGUACUUGUCAUCCCUGCAUCGACUUUUUGACAAGUACAAAACCAAACUCGGGCUCCCAGAUUCAGAAACCCUGGAAUUCAUCUGAAUUUGUACCCAUUCUGUAAUGUGCUUUCUGUGACAUGUACCCUGACUGCAAUUGUGGGGGAGGGGAGAGAUUCUAUUUUCCAGAAUGUAUAAAGUGGAACUUGGAGGCAGGUUCCAUCAGUGGCUGGGUCAAGUUUAGACUUUGCUCUCUCUACGGAGCUGGUUUUCAUGACAACAGCAUUUGUGAUGGGUCCUCCACCUACUGUCUGUACAUUUUUGUCUUGGGGAACUUGAUAAACCAUGUUUCUGCCACCACAUUUGUGACCUUCUGUAAAGAAUACACAUCUAGGUUUUGUUUAUGACCCAGUUUAUAGUAGAACAUUUCCUGAAAGCUUUAACUUGCUGUUCUUAAUCCAAAUACCUUGUCAGUUGCACAUCUUGAGAUUCAGAAAUAGGCCCUGCCAUUUUUACUAUAAAUCUAAUAUAAAAUAGUAGUCUGUAUAUAAUCUCACUCUCUGACAAUACCAUUGUAGUCCUGCCGCAAUUUAUAUUGGCUUCUGUUCCAGGGAUGGUUAGUGAAUGUACAACAAAAAUCCACUUCUACAACUUUUUUUUUUUUUUGGGGGGAAAAGGGUUUGCAGGUUAUUCUUACACAAUUCUUCUUGCACAAUGUUGACUCGUGCCUAGAUUUGGUGCACAUAGAUGGCAAGCUUUAAAAUGUCUUGGAACUCCCAAGCCCUUCCAUGGAAAUGUCUCUUAUGCUGGCGGUUGCACAGACUUUUAAAAAGUAGAAGUAGCAAAGUUCUUUCUGAACACUUUUCACAUUCCCUGAAUAGAAGCAACACUACACAGCUUCACACAACAUUUUCACCUGGGUGCAAGACUUGUAGAAUGGUGAAGACCCAUUCCAUUUAUAAAACAGAAUUUUAGUCUAAUAAGCACAGUUUUCAAUUGACACCUCCUAUGUAGUGAGAGAUGCAAUUAUUAAGAUUGCUGGAAGAAAUGCAUUCUGGAGAUUGAUUGGAUGCCCAAUCAUCUGCUUCACUUACCUUCAUCCCAGUUGUAGGAUGGGUCAACCUAGUGGAAGUGCCUUCACUGAAAGCAGCCACAACCUCAUCUGCAUAAAUUCCCCCAAAGUAUAAGACAUUAGGAAAGGUAUCCUCAAUGCAUCUGUCUUACCUUCUACCAGGUUUCUACUUACCAAUAAAGUUUUUUUGGUGUCCUAUUUCACGUUUAACCAUCCCCAAGCAGAAAAAGGCGAACCACCCUGAAGUGAUACAAGAAAAUAUGAGUAGGUGACUUGGUGUGGAAACCAGACUGUUCUGAAAAGAAUUCUAAGAUCGGGAACAGGCUGGAGUUAUAAAUGCAGAAGAAUGUAGAAGCGUAGAAUUUGAGUUGCCUCGGUAUGAUCACAUAAUAUUAGUUAAAGACCGGCCUUUAGCACAAAGAUGUUUUUUAAAAGCACAACCAAUGCAAUUUGGUGGUUUAGCCCCUUUUUCUAGGUGCGACAAUCAAAACAGACGCAACUAAUUUGUUUUAUACCCCACUGUUCAGCUGUAAGAACGUGUUCAGUUAUGUACUGAAUCGUCAUCAUCUCAGUGUUAUUGGUUUGUUUUAUCGCUUUUAAGUGGGGUGGAAUAAAAUGGGGAAAGUGCAAUUUUAUUGUAAAAAAAAAAAAAAA